AGAAAAUCACACCUUUUUGUCGAAUUCAAGGAGCAUUGAAAGAUUUCUUUUUUUUUCUUCCUAAUGGGGCGUUGGAUGAAGCCAGAGGUGUACCCACUGUUGGCUGCAAUGACAUUCGUUACAGGGAUGUGCACCUUCCAGCUUGUAAGGAACAUACUCACCAAUCCUGAUGUCAGAGUGGACAAAUCUCGUCGGAAAAUGGGAGUGCUUGACAACAAAGAGGAGGGAGAGAAGUACGCUGAGCAUGGGCUCCGCAAGUUCCUUCGAACCCGCCCGCCGGAGAUCAUGCCUGCCAUCAACCACUUCUUCUCGGAAGACAAAUGAACACAUUACAUGAAAAUUUAUAUAUUAUAUUAUAUUAAUCCAUGGGAAACAUGGAUUUUGUAGUUGAUGAUCAUCAUAAUUUUUCAUACCUAUUUGUGGUGCCCUGUGUGUGUGUAUUUUAGUUCUUUGGGAUUCUAUAUUUCUAUUGCCAUGGCGAAUGGGUCAUGGCCAACCUUUUCAGGGAAAAAAAUGGAAUA